AUGUCAUUCCAGAUACCGAAAAAUGCGCCAACGUUUGGGAACCCGCAACAGCGACAACUUGAAGACCGUCUGUGGGCAUCGUCGGGCGUGACAGCGCGCUCUCGGGGAGGCCCGGGGGGGGGAGCAGGAGGGUCGGCGGGCGUCCUGGGGGACGUGCAGGACAGGGUCGGCGGCUUCCUGAAUCCCAACCGCGCGAGCCUCCCAAUGUACAAGGACAAGCCGUACGCGUACGCGCCCUCGGGCCGCGCCCGCCCCGUCUACCGGCGGAAGCGCGUGCUCGGCCUGAUCACCCUUGUCGUCCUCGGCCUGCUGUGGUACACGGGCGCCUUCGCCGACCACCACGCCGCCGCUGUCGGCAAGUUCAACCAGUGGGGCUGGCUGACUGCCGACUCAAAGGCGAAGGGCGCCAAGGCCGACUGGGACAAGAGGAGGAAGCUCGUCGUCGACGCCAUGGAGCUGAGCUGGGAUGCCUAUGAGAGAUAUGCUUGGGGAUAUGAUGAGUUUCAUCCCGUCACCAAAUCUGGACGGCAUAUGGCCCCCAAGGGCCUGGGAUGGAUCAUUAUCGAUUCGCUCGAUACACUGAUGUUGAUGAACUUGACAUCGCGGCUUACACAUGCGCGCGAGUGGCUCUCGACCUCGCUGACCUGGGACCAGGAUCAGGAUGUGAACACGUUUGAGACAACUAUACGCAUGCUGGGCGGCCUCUUGUCAGCGCACUAUUUGUCGACAGAGUUUCCGAACCUGGCGGCCAUAACAGACGAUGGCCCAAACAUGCCCGGUGAGGAUCUGUAUCUGGAAAAGGCCAAGGACCUGGCGGACCGGCUGAUGGCGGCGUUUGACUCACCGUCCGGCAUCCCGUACGCCAGCGUCAAUCUCGCCCAGUUCAAGGGCAUAAUCUCCCAUGAUGACCUGGGAGCGUCGUCGACGGCCGAGACGACAACACUGCAGCUCGAGUUCAAGUAUCUCGCCAAGCUCACGGGCGAGAAGGACUUUUGGGACAAGGCCGAGAAGGUCAUGGAACUCGUGGACAAUAACGGGGUCAAGGACGGCCUCGUACCCAUUUACAUUUACGCCACCACGGGCGAGUUCCGCGGAGAGAAUAUCCGCCUUGGCAGUAGGGGAGAUUCGUACUACGAGUACCUGAUCAAGCAGUAUCUGCAAACCAACAAGCAAGAGGCUGUGUACCAGGACAUGUGGCGCGAGGCGUUGCAGGGUGUGCGCAAGCACUUGGUCACGUACACGGAGCCUUCCCACUUCACAAUCAUCGGAGAGCGGCAGAGCGGCCUGGACGGCGACCUCACGCCCAAGAUGGACCAUCUGGUCUGCUUCAUGCCCGGGACGGUUGCUCUUGCAGCAACGGGCGGGCUGACGGAGCAGGAGGCCCGGAAGCUGCCGACGUGGAGUAAACAAGAUGAAGCCGACAUGCAGCUGGCGCGCGAGCUGAUGCAGACGUGCUGGGGCAUGUACAAGUACAUGGCGACGGGGCUGGCGGCCGAGAUCACGUACUUCCACAUCGCGGAUCCGCCGCUGCCCGAGUCGGCGCCGCACCAGGCCCCGGCGGACUUUGACCCUUUGCCAGACGCCGAGUGGCACAAGGACUUUGACGUCAAGCCGCAGGACAGCCACAACCUGCAACGGCCCGAGACGGUCGAAAGCCUCUUCUACAUGUGGCGCAUCACGGGUGACAUGCGCUACCGUGACUGGGGGUGGGAAAUGUUCAAGAGCUUCAUGAACUACACGGCCGUGGAGGAGGGUGGCGGCUUCUCGAGCCUCAACAACGCCAACGUGGUCCCGCCCGUGCUGCGCGACAACAUGGAGAGCUUCUGGCUCGCCGAGACGCUAAAGUACUUUUACCUCCUCUUCUCGCCGGACGACCUGCUGCCCCUCGACAAGGUCGUCCUCAACACCGAGGCCCACCCCCUCCCCAGGUUCGACAUGGGCAAGCUCUUCAAGACGGGCUGGGAGCGGAAGCCUAGGGACAAGGAGGGGAAGCUUGUUACGCAGCCGAAGACCGAGUAA